AUGCUGUCUUCAAGCCCUGAUUCCUGCACAGCUCCCAACCCAGGCACGGAGAACUCAAGUAAGAAGGUCCAGUGGGCUUCUGGGAGGAGGAGGACAUCCUCAGACUCGGAUUUAAAGGACCCCGCCAAAGUUCCCAGGUCCCGGAGACCCAGCCGGCUGACAGUGAAGUAUGACCUAGGAUACCUCCAGCGCUGGGUGGAGGUGGAGCAGUGGAUGGACAAGCAGGUCCAGGAGCUCUUUCAGGAUAAUCCAAUCUGUUGUGAGCCUCAGAUUGACCUGGAGAUGCUCAUGGAUCUGUCCACAGAAGAGCAGAAGACUCAGUUGAAGGAUAUUCUCCAAAACUGUGCCCAGCCCAUAGAGCCUUUUAUCUCUGAGCUGCUCAGUGAACUCAAGAAACUCCGGAGACUCAGUCGGCCCCAGAAUAAGUCUCAUGACCACCUUCAGCAACCUUAGCACUGCCAGGCCUGCCCUGAACCUCUGGAUCCUGGACUGAGAGGAAAACGACUUCUUGGGACAGACAACUGUGGAGGAUAAUCGGGGGGGAUAUUUGGACACCCCAGUGUAUAAGUUGUCACACCUAAUUCCUGGAUUUUCUGGGAGCCAGUCAUGGCCAUUAUCUAAUGUCUUCCUUGGCAGCUAAGAGGAUAAAACCUUUAGGUGAAUGGAGUGUGAAACAUAUCUGUGUGAGGACGGGGAGAAUAAGGGUGAAGUGAUAUACCUGAAGCCAGUAUCCUGAG